AAAUCUUCCUCUGUUCUUACGUCAUUACGCUAGGAUCCGCCAGUCACCCGAAUCUAGAGGAAGGGCUCCGCCAAUCCGAGGGGAUAAGGGAAGUGAUUAUUUACUGAGUUCUGUCUUUCCACUGGAAAGUGAAUCCUAAUAAAUAUUAGCUGAACCCCUCAGGGUCAUACAGCACCCAAGUGGCUUCGAACCAAUUCACUCGGACUAUCCUUGGUUGCGGCCUCCGAGCCUGCCCUUGGUCCCUUCCUGCCUGGUACCACCGGAGCCUUGACAAGCGACCCAAACGUCGGGCCGCUACUAGGAGAAACGGAAUUCGGCCAGGACCCAGGCGACCAAACAUCAAUCUUAAACGGAAGUUCCCGCACAGGAUGCACUUGCGCGCACGCGCAGACACUCACACGGGCAGGGCCUUGGUUUGGUCCCUCCCAACCUUCACGCGCUUCCUUUUCCGACGGAGGCGGGGCCGCGGGGGCCGGGGUGCCCGCGGGAAACCCGGAUCCGGUGUUCUGCUAGCUGCCACUGCUGUUAUGGCGGGCUUGGGAAGUCUGAUCCUACGGCCCUGGAUUCGAGAGCUGGUCCUGGGGUUAGAGGCACUCUCUGGUCCGCGGCCUGGGCAACUGCUCGAGGUACUGCAGGAGGCGGAGGCCCCGGGUCCGUCCCGUGCCCCUGACGCGUUGUUUUUCGGGGCUGCGCUGCUUGUGUCCGAUGGGACCCAUAGUAUCCGGUGCCUGUUGACGCGAAGGGCCCUGGACACCUCGGACUGGGAGAAGGAGUUCGGUUUCCGCGGGACUGAGGGUCGGCUGCUGCUGCUGCAAGACUGCGGGGUUCGCGUCCAGGUCUCCGAGCGCGGCGCCGUGAGUGAUGAGGCUGGCUUGGAGGUGUUGCUGGGUCUUGCUCUUCCUGACAACACCUUAGAGUCGCCUCUGAACUCACCCCUCCAGCCCGCGGAGUUCUACCUCCAGGUGGACCGUUUCAGCCUGCUGCCCACGGAGCAACCCCUGAUACGGGUGGCUGGUUGCAACCAGGACCCGGAUGUGCAGAAAAAGCUCUGUGACUGCCUUGAGGAGCACCUGUCAGAGUCUACCUCCUCCAACCCAGGCCUGACACUGUCCCAGCUUCUGGAUGAGGUGCAGGAGGACCAGGAGCAUCGAAGGGCACUUGUGCGCUUGGCUGAGAGCUGCCUGAUGCUGGCAGGCUGUCAAACAACACCCACCCUCACCCGCUGGGCCACCUCACACUGCAGGGCCACGGGAGAAGCCGUGUACACUGUCCCCAGCCUAUGUCUGUGCAUCUCUCAGGAUGACCAGCAAAUUCUGAGCUCUCUGGGUCCAGGUCAGAGAGCACAGGGCCCUGAACUGCCUACAGCAGACCCAGCUCUGCAGGACCUGUCUCUGACCCUGCCUUCUUCCUCUUCCUCCUCUCCGGGUUCCUCAGGAACUCCUCCGGAACUCCACGGCCACUUGCAGUCAGAGGAAAGCAGUGCCAGCAUUAGCCUUUUGCCUGCCCUGUCCUUGGCUGCUCCAGACCCAGUGCAAAGGGACAGCUCCCAGGCCCUACCAGCCAUCUGCUCUACCCCUGGUCCCUUCCCGCCCUGCUCCCCACACCCCAGCUCCCUACACCCCAGCCAUGUACCCAACUCCCCAUUCCUCAGUUGCACUCCCAGUCUCUUGCCCUUUGGUCGUUUCCCCAGUCCACACAAGGCCCAUGUGACCAGGGCUCAGAAACCUACUCUGGAGUUGAAGGAGCUAGGGUUGCCCCUCCAGAAUCAGCAGCCCCCUCCAAGGACCAACGCUACCAAGGAAGCCCUGGAUCCCAGCCCUGUCUGGGAUCCCCCAAAGAGGCAUCGUGAUGGUUGUGCCUUCCAAUAUGAAUACGAGCCACCCUGCACUUCCCUCUGUGCCCGGGUGCAAGCUGCCAGACUCCCUCCCGAGCUCGUGGCCUGGGCCUUGCACUUUGUAACGGAGCCAUCACCAGAGUCUGAAUUAACAGGUGUGAGGCCCAUGUGAACACAUGGGAGUAUGUGUGCACACCGGGUCACGCCUGUGGGUGGAUAAAUAGAGCUCUGCACUGUG